AGCGUCUCUUCCGGCAAAACUGCGAUCAUGUCCGGCCUCGCAACCUUCAACGGCUUUAAGCAUCCAGUUCCCGGCCCCAACUCCAAUCCGAAGGCGGGCGAAAUCCAUGUAAUAAUCGGCCCCAUGUUCGCCGGCAAGACCACCGCUCUCCUCCGCCGUAUCAAAUCCGAUUCCAACAAUGGCAGUAACGUUGUGAUGAUAAAGUCGAGCAAGGACACCAGAUACGCGGUGGAUGAGGUGGUAACCCACGACGGCACUAAAUUCCCCUGUUGGGCGUUGCCAGAUCUCUCUUCGUUCAAGAUCAGAUUCGGAUCCGAGGCCUAUAAAAAGGUCGACGUGAUUGGAAUUGAUGAAGCCCAGUUCUUCGACGAUCUGUAUGAUUUUUGCUGUGAAGCUGCAGAUCUCGACGGGAAAACAUUAGUAAUUGCUGGGCUAGAUGGUGAUUAUUUAAGGAGGAGAUUCGGGUCAGUUUUGGACAUAAUCCCACUUGCGAAUACUGUCCAAAAAUUGACAGCGAGAUGCGAAAUAUGUGGGAAACGAGCCUCCUUCACCUUCAGGAAGAUUGGCGAAACUCAGACAGAGCUAAUCGGGGGUUCAGAUAUGUACAUGCCACUCUGCCGACAGCACUAUGUCAUUGGAAUAACACCUCCUACUAAGAUUGCCCAGAAAGAAGAAGAUUUGUUUAAGAGGAAGAAGAUGCUUCCUGAGCAGGGUGAUACGUUAUUAGAAUCCUCCUCAUAUGAGAAACUCGUUCCCUUUCAUUAACUUUGUGUUAUAUAAAUAUAUAUAAAUAUUGAGUUCGCAUUUACUAGGUGUUGGUUAUUGAUCGACUUCUUGUCGGUUGAUUAAUGCUUAUUCUAUGGUAAUGGUAUAUAAAAUUAUGAAACAGACGAAGUUGAACUUAUGCACAUGUUUUUUGUAUAUAUCGUUAGCCGCUUCCUUUUAUUUGCUAUUAAAAUAAAAGUUUUGGUGGUUUGUUAUAUUAUUAUUUUUAUUGUUACUGAUAUUAUUGCUACUACUAAA